AUGAAACACACCAAUCAAAUGUGGAAGUUGGACUUACUAGAGGCAAGGUUUGAAGAUGCUCCUCCAAGGUAUCCUCACACCAAGAAAUUGCUUUUUGCAUUGAACCAUAAGAACAAGUUAGCCAAGAAACUACCGACAAACAAGGAAGAAGCGAAAGAAGAAAUCAAGGCACUAAAAGCUCAAUAUUUCGAACAGAAAUACCAUUCAGCAUACAACAAGUUAGAAAAGGAGGUUAAAAGAUUUGUCAAGCAGAAGCAAACUCCUGAUGUGUUUGAACAGGAUGACUUUCUACAACAAUUGAUAACUGCAAAAUUGAUCAAAUGUAUAGUAUCAACCAUUUUAUUAAACAAACAAUUGAAAACAAACCCACCUGAGUACAUCCCCGAAAAUAUUAGAGGGCAUGUCUUAGAUAAGUCCAGCCCUUUUAAUCCUUCCCACUUUUUUGUUCAAUAUUGUCAAAAUUCCAAAGAGGUAAAUAACUGUUGCUCAAACCUUUGGAAUAGUAAAGCUGUUAAAUCAACCGUGAAUGAUAUAGAAUGGAGUUUCAAGAUGGUCAGGGGUAACUUGUUAAAGCAGGAUUUUGAAGAAAGGAAAAAGCAGGCCGGAAGAGUUGUCAAUGAAGAAGACAGUGAUGAAGAGGAUAACUCGUCGGAGGGAAGCUCAGAGGAGUCGACAAAUGAAUCUGCGGAUGAGCUGGCAGAUGAGGAGCAACUAUCUGCUUUUGAUGGAAUGGUGGCAGCUUCUGACCAGGAAGAUGAGCAAGAUGAAAAUGGUCUCGACCCUAAUGUUAAUUAUAACGAAGUAACUGACGAGGAGCCGUCGGAGGGAGUAAGUGACAACUCAAGUUCAGACCUGGACUUAGGUGAUGACUUUUUCGAAGAAGAGCCACCAAAAAAGAAAUUAAAGACCAAUGGUGAGGAGGACUACAACUUACCCGAAUUAGCCCAAGGAUACUAUUCAGGAGGCUCUGAUGAUGAAAGUGAUGACAUCGACAACGAUGAAGUAGUAAAGUCUAUCACCCAACAACGAAAAAACCGAAGAGGCCAAAGAGCUAGACAAAAGAUAUGGGCACAGAAAUACGGUAAAGAAGCGAAGCAUAUUGUCAAAAACAGAGAACGAAUUCAUAGUGAACGAGAAACUAGACAACGUGAAUACGAAGAGAGACAAAGAAAGAGAGAAUUGAAAGCAAAAUUGUUGGCUGAGAAACAGCAGCCCACCGGUGCUAACACUGAACCUUUAGGAGAACGUAAACCAAGAGCACUGGUUACCUCUCCUGUUGAAGACAAGAAAAUUCAUCCAUCGUGGGAAGCGAAGAAAUUAGCCGAAGAGAAGCUAAAAAACGUCAAGUUCCAAGGUAAGAAAAUCACUUUUGAUUAA